CCUCAUUGAUCUAAUUCUUUCAACUAUAUUGAUCGUAUAAAUAACUCGAUUAAUCCUCUAACUUCUCGCUUCUUGAUCAGGGUUUGAAUUCCGAUAUAACCCUAAUAAUAGCCAUGGCGAGUCCUAGCCGACGAUUGCUAAAUCCCAUCCUGUUCGUUUGUGACUUGCAGGAGAAGUUCAGGCCCGCGAUCUAUCAAUAUCCCGCCGUACUCGCUACGACGCAGAAGCUACUGCAAGCCAGCAAAAUCCUGAAUUUCCCCGUCGUUGCAACCACGCAACUGAAAGGCAAGCUCGGCGAGACAUGUCCUGAAUUGCAGCUUGAUUGUCCCGGAGGCAUCCAGACACUGGUUCAUGCAGACAAAUCGUUGUUCUCUAUGUGGACAGAUGAAGUGAAGGAGGCUCUGAGAAACGCCGGGAAGCUUUCGCCGGGCGGGCGCCCUCUGGAGGUCGUUAUCGUGGGCAUCGAGUCCCACAUAUGCGUGGCCCAGACGACGUUGGAUCUGCUCAAGGAUAACCACAAGGUAUAUGUGCUAGCCGACGGAGUCUCAAGUUGCAACAAAGAAGAGAUUCCAAUUGCACUCGCGCGGCUUCGUGCUCAAGGAGCUAUCGUUACAACCAGCGAGAGUUGGCUGUAUGAAUGCAUGGGAGAUGCAGGUAUCCAGGAGUUUAGAGAUAUCUCCAAGCUAGUCAAAGACACGAAGGAUAGCACGAAGGAAUCGAUGCAGGCAUUGUGCAAGAUGUGAGCUUAGCCCUCGUCUAGAAAGAUAUAGCCAUAGUAUUGAAUAUUUACAAGUCCCAUUGAUAUUGAACAGGGC